AUGCAGCUGCAUACCGAUCAGUUGACCAUAUCGCCACCAGCAAGAGACAUUGCUUACGGUAUGGAUAUCAUGUUCUACCUCGAGGAUAUCACCGACAACAACGGCGCCACUCGCGUCUACCCAGCGUCGCACCUUGGUAACAUUGCGCCGAGUGACAUAUCUACCGUCGAUGGUUCAAUCCCAGCAGAAGGCCCAGCCGGUACAGCACUGGUUUUUGAAAGCCGUCUGUGGCACGCAACCGGACCGAAUCGUGCUGAGAAAGGGGAACGCCUGUUAUCCUACUCUUUUCCAUGA